AUGAAGACCGAAGAUUUAUUCAAGAUUCGAAGAACAUGUAAACAAUGGUCGGAAUUAAUACCUGUAGUUGCAAAAGAUAAACUUUUAGAAGAAUUUUCAGAGCAAAAAUCACAUUUUAUAAUUUUUAAUUCAUCUAAUUUAACUUAUGAUGAUAAAAACAAAGUUAUUAAAUUAGAUUUCGCUCAAUCACCAGAAUUUGAAGUCAUGCAUAUAUCAUGUACACCAAUUUAUAUAUGGAUUGAAUUAGAUAUUUAUAAUGGUCAAAGAUAUGGAGAUGUGCUAAGUUUAAAUUUACGAUGGGAAGACAUAGAAAAUAUAGAAGGAAAAGAAUUUACAAGUCGUGAAAGUGAAUUUGUUGUUUGUUUGACAAGAAGUGAUGCGUAUGAAGAAAGAGAAGAAAUGAGUGAAAAAUAUGUGAAAUAUUUGAGAAUUUCAUAUUUGAAAAUUGAUGCAUUUAAAUUAUUUAAGCACCUGGAGACUCAAAAAACGGGAUCUAAUUUUUCUGGCCAGAAUCUCUUUGGUGAAAAGAUCGAAAAAUAA